CAUUUAGUGAUGUGUUUAUACUAAGUACAAAUUGAUAUUCACAAUUUCUGUUACUUCGGCCACUGUGAUGAAAAGUUUUUUUUCUACUUACUUAGUGGACAAACACUCUUGCACACUCGAAUUAAUAUAUGCGCAUAAAUAGCACGCUGAAAAGUUUUGUUCAAACAUUAUUUAGCAACCUCAGAGAUCUUGAAGUACAAACAAAAAGAUUAUUACUUCAUAUGUAAAUAAUACAACAUUCAAGGAAUACAGAGGAGAAUAAAACUUGAAAAUGCCUGAAUUGAAAGCUAUUAUCAAAAGUGUUGAUAUGCCUGAUGAAAUGCAACAGGACGCUGUAGAUAUGUGUGCUAUUGCGCUUAAAAAAUACACACUUGGAAAAGAUAUUGCAGCUUUUAUGAAAAAAGAAUUCGAUAGAAAGUAUUCACCAACUUGGCAUUGUGUUGUCGGAACUAAUUUCGGCACGUAAGUUUCAUUGCAUUCUAUUUAUGUGUGACUUAGUGUUAAUUUCAGUAAUGAGUUCAGAUUAUUUACCCCGCACAGGCUUGUUUGAUAAGCAUAGUUUUAUAUUAGAGUUUUUGGGACACUACAUGUAAGAUUUCAGCUAACUGAUUUCAUGCUUCACAGUCCAUGUCUCGAAAGUCAUACGUGAAGCCCAUGACUGAAAGAAAAAGACUUACACAAGGAGAGGAGAAGUGAAGAUUCUCAUGAAACAGUAUAAAUAGUAUGAAAGGAAG